AUGUACCUGUCGGACCUGACCUACAUCGAUUCUGCGUAUCCCUCUACGGGCAGCAUCCUGGAGAGCGAGCAACGGUCCAAUCUCAUGAACAAUAUCCUCCGAAUCAUAUCCGAUUUACAAAGAUCCUGCACAUAUGAUGUGCCUUUAAUGCCUCAUAUUCAGAAAUAUCUCAACUCUGUCAGAUACAUUGAGGAGCUGCAGAAGUUUGUGGAGGACGACAAUUACAAAUUGUCACAGAAGAUUGAGCCUGGAACCAGCACACCACGAGCUAAUGCCUCAAAAGAAGACCUUGUCGGUCAGGAAGCGUCUCCUCUCUGUGGGCGUAAAUGCAUAAUCGCAGCUGAAGGAACCAAAGUCCCUGGCACGCCCCCCUCCCCACGAAACCUCCUGCCCUACGGACACAGGAAGUGCCAUAGUCUGGGAUACAAUUUUAUUCACAAAAUGAACACGGUGGAGUUCAAAAGUGCGACGUUCCCAAAUGCCGGCUCCAGACACUUACUGGACGACAGUGUGAUGGAGAGCCACAGUCCGAGCUGCGUUCAGGCUGAGAGCUCCACUCUGUCCAGCGGCAUCUCGCUUGGGAGCAGUGAAGGGUCCGAGCUGAGUGAAGAGGUGUCAUGGCCGGCGUUUGAGAGGACGCGCUUCUACCACUCUCUGGGCCCAGUGACCCGAGUGGCCCGAAUCCCCUACAGAGGCGUCCUGAGGCCCAGCAGCUCAGCAGAGUCUGAGGAGCUUGCAGUGCACUUGUAUCCUGGGGCGGUCACCGUUCAAGGCGUUCUGAGGAGGAAGACUGUGCUGAAGGAGGGCAAGAAACCCACCGUGGCAUCUUGGACCAAAUACUGGGUGGCUCUGUGUAGUACUCAGCUUUACUACUACGCUGCCAAGUCCCUGAAGGCCACAGAAAGAAAACAUUUUAAGUCUAUGUCCUGUAAGAGCGUGUGUGUGGUGGGGCUCCUCGCCAUGAUGGCAGAUGACCCCGAACAUCCCGAUAUCUUUAUGCUCACUGACUCCGAGCACGGAAACACAUACAAGUACCAAGCAGGGAAUCGAAUGAACGCUUUACUCUGGUUCAAGCAUCUGAGCGCCGCCUGCCAGAGCAACAGGCAACAGGUACCAGCCAAUCUGAUGUCCUUUGAUGCGCCCCCUGCAGGCUGCUGGGCGCACGUGCAGCGGGUGUUUGGGAAGUGCGCGCGGACACAGGGCGGAGGAAAGAGGCUGAUAUUGGACAGCAAACUGACGAACCAUUGUGCCCCACGGCAGAUAGGCAAAAUAUCAACAUUAUUCACAUCCUGCAACUUGGACAGAAACUUGGACCAGGCUCUGGGAGAGGUUUGCACGCGUGGCUGCGUAAGACGGAGGGCAGCAGGGCCGGUCCAGAGACAUGACCGUGGGGUGAAGGGUGCGUGUGGAGGUGGCAUCGAGGACAUGAAGCUCAAACAGCGCAUGGUGGUGUUGUGUGCCGUGCUGCUGCUCCUGGGCCUCGCCAAGAUCUUCCUGCUGGACGGAGGCGAGGGCUCCGCAGCCAGCCGCCGGGACCUCCGGGCGUUUCGCAAGAUGGAAGCGGGCCUGUCUCUGUCGCGGGGGGCACGGCUCACUCACACCCUGCAGUCGCCGUGGGAAAUCGCUGGGCAGUGGGUGGGUCCCCGAGAGGUCUACCCGGAGGAGACCCCUGAACUAGCAGCGGUGCUCACAGCGCUUAGCGCGGCCCGUAUCGAGCGCGCAGACGUGGGCUACAAGGGUACGCAGCUCAAGGCUCUGCUGGUCCUCGACGGGGGGCAGAAAGUGGUAUUCAAACCCAAGAGGUACAAUCGAGACUACGUGGUGGAGGGAGAGCCGUAUGCUGGUUACGACAGACACAACGCAGAGGUGGCGGCUUUUCACCUAGAUCGAAUUCUGGGCUUCAGAAGAGCGCCUCUGGUCGUGGGACGCUUUGUGAACCUGCGAACAGAGAUCAAACCUGUGGCCACAGACCAGCUGCUCAGCACCUUCCUCAUGCAAGGCAAUAACACUUGUUUCUACGGCAAAUGUUACUACUGUCGGGAGAGCGAGCCAGCCUGUGCGGAGGGCGAGCUCAUGGAGGGUUCUUUAACCCUUUGGCUGCCGGACGUGUGGCCACUGCAGAAGCACCGGCACCCCUGGGGCAGAACCUACCGGGAGGGCAAACUGGCCAGGUGGGAGUAUGAUGAGAGCUACUGUGAUGCGGUGAAGAAAAUGCCUCCAUACGACGCAGGCCCUCGACUCCUGGAUGUGAUCGACACGGCCAUAUUUGAUUAUCUGAUCGGAAACGCAGAUCGCCAUCACUACGAGAGUUUCCAGGACGACGGAGGAGCCAGCAUGCUCAUCUUACUCGACAACGCCAAGAGUUUUGGGAACGCGGCUCUGGAUGAAAGGAGUAUCCUGGCACCGCUGUAUCAGUGCUGCAUGAUCCGAGUUUCCACAUGGAAUAGACUAAACUUGUUGAGGAACGGUGUUUUGAGCGCAGCGAUGCGUCAGGCUUUGGCCUUCGACCCACUUGAGCCGGUUCUGGUGGAAUCGCACUUGGCAGCUCUAGACCGGCGCCUGACCGGGAUCAUCACCACCGUCAAACAGUGCAUGGAGGCAUCAGGGCAGGACAAUACUCUCAUAGAGGACAGAAUGAACCUCCCUCAUCCAUAA